AUGGAUAGCAGUUACUCUGCCAUCUCCAAAAACAAAAACUCUUACGUCGAGUUACAGAAACAAACCGAAAAACCCACAUCAAAGCUCCUUCCUUUCGAUGAAGAAAGCUUCGUCAAUGACCCCGACAUCGGAUCUAACCAAGGCUCCGGCAUCUCCGGCGCCGUUUUCAACCUCACAACAUCAAUCAUCGGCGCCGGGAUCAUGGCAUUACCCGCCACCAUGAAAGUCCUCGGCUUGCUCCUAGGUCUUCUCCUAAUCGUCCUAAUCGCGAUCCUCUCCGAGAUCAGCGUCGAGCUUCUCGUCAGAUUCUCGUCCCUCCACAAAUCCAGAUCCUACGGCGAAGUCGUGGAGUCGGCGUUGGGAAAACCCGCUAGGGUUUUCUCCGAGAUUUGUAUUAUCGUCAACAACGGUGGCUUCCUCGUUGUUUACCUUAUCAUCAUGGGUGACGUCAUGUCCGGUUCGCUAAACCACGUCGGCGUGUUGGACCAGUGGUUAGGUAACGGGUUUUGGGAUCACCGUAAAGUCUUGAUUUUGGUUGUUGUGGUUUGUUUUUUGGCUCCUCUUUGUGCUUUGAAUAAGAUUGAUUCCUUGAGCGUCACGUCAGCUGCUUCUGUUGCUCUUGCUGUUGUGUUUGUUGUUGUUUGCUUUAUUGUUGCGGCGAUUAAGCUUGUGGAAGGAACUGUUGAUAGGCCUAGGAUGAGUCCUGAUUUUGGGACUAAGGAAGCGGUUUUGGAUCUUUUAGUGGUGAUACCGAUAAUGACGAACGCUUACGUUUGUCAUUUCAAUGUUCAGCCGAUUUAUAACGAGCUUGAAGGUCGGACGCCUGAGAAGAUGAAUAGGGUUGGGAGGAUUACGUCGGCGAUUUGCGUUGUUGUUUAUGCUUCAACUGCUGUCUCUGGUUAUCUUCUGUUUGGUAAGGAUACUGAGUCAGAUAUUUUGACUAACUUUGAUCAAGAUUUAGGGAUUCGUUUCAGCUCUGCGGUGAAUUACGUUGUUAGAGUUGGGUAUAUUCUUCAUUUAGUUCUUGUCUUCCCUGUGAUUCAUUUCUCGUUGAGAGAAACGGUUGAUAGUUUAUUGUUUGAAGGCUCGCCUCCUUUGUCAGAAAGUAAGAAGAGAUCUUUGGGGCUUACUGUGAUCUUGCUGGCUCUUAUUUACAUUGGCUCGACGAUGAUACCGAACAUAUGGACCGCGUUUAAGUUUACAGGAGCAACGUCAGCGGUUUCGCUUGGUUUUACGUUUCCUGCUCUUAUAGCGUUAAGGUUAGGGAAGCAGAGUAAUUCGUUAAGCGUGGUGGAGAGAUAUGUGUCGUGGUUGAUGCUGAUCUUGGCGGUGGUGGUUAGUGUUGUGGGGACUCUUGGCAACGUUUAUAGUCUCAGAAGCAAAUCAGAUUGAUACAGUUUGAGAUUCUUAGUCUCAAUACAGAAUAGGAAGUCUUCAGUUUUGUGACUGCUGCAUGCACACACCUUUAGGGUCCUUAGAUUUCAUCAUUACCAGUGACUUCUAUGUAUGUAUACAGACCAAGAUUCUUAUUGAUAUAUACACGCUGUUUUUUUAAAAAUGAUUUCUCUUUAUGACUUUGAUUCAUUAUCUUGUUCUUUUGUGUAUUCU